AUGUAUUUCGAUAGAGCCGCGCAUCGUGACGGAGCUGGUGCAGGAGUUAUCUUUUAUACUCCUGAAUCAGAUAUAUUGUUAUGCUUUUUCACUUUAACACGUCGGUGUUCAAACAAUGUGACCGAAUAUCAGGCAUUGAUUCUCGGUUUGGAAACGGCCGUAGACAUGAAACAGUUGCAUCUUAAGGUCUAUGGUGAUUUCAAAUUAAUGGUAAAUCAACUUCUUGGUAUUUAUGAUGUCAAAAAGCCUGAAUUGAUCCCAUAUUAUAAGUAUGCAAGACAACUCAUGGGAUAUUUAGAUAAUGUCACUAUAGAACAUAUCCCUAGAAAUUUCAACCAACAGGCUGACUCUUUGGUAAGGGUGGCGUCCCUAAUCACUCUACCUUCUCAUCGAAAUCAAAUUUCAAUAUGUCAAAAUUGGGUCAUACCUCUGAUGUUCGGUGAAGAAGAUGCUGGUGAGGAAGAAAAUGCUUAUCAUAUUUUUGUCCAUGAGAUCAAAAAAGAGGAUUGGCGUCACCUCAUCAUUGAUUACCUUAAUCAUGGGAAGUUACCAGAAGAUCCCAAGAAAAAGGUUGAUAUACGUCGUCGAGCGUCACGUUUCAUUUACUACAAAGGGAAGCUUUAUCGAAAAUCAUUCGAUGGGGUGUUUUUACAAUGUCUUGGAGAAGAUGAGUCUAUGCAAGUAAUGGAGGAGGCUCACUCAGAGAUAUGUGGUGCUCACCAAUCUGGCCCAAAAUUACAUUUCUGCAUUAAGAGAAUGGGAUACUACUGGCCGACGAUGGUAAAAGACUGUAUCGAUUUUGUUAGAAGAUGUCAAGCUUGUCAAUUUUAUGGCAAUUUCAUCCGUCAACCUCCUGAACCAUUGCAUCCAACUGUGGCUUCUUGGCCAUUCGAUGCUUGGGAUUUGGAUAUAGUUGGACCGUUCCCAAAAUUUUCUGGAGGACACAUUUUCAUUUUGGCAGCGACGGAUUAUUUCUCAAAGUGGGCCGAAGCGGUUCCUCUAAGAGAGUUCGAAAAGAAGAAUGUAGUAGAUUUCAUUCGCUCACACAUCAUUUAUCGGUAUGGAGUCCCACGUUAUAUCAUCACCGAUAAUGGUAAACCUUUUUGCAAUGUAGCAAUGAACAAGCUUUGCGAAAAAUUUCAUUUCAAAUAA